AGCUUCAUUUGUCAGCCCGCGGCGGCGGAGAAAUGCGGAUACAAUUACCAUCUACGGAAAUAUAUUACGGACUUUGACCAAUAGAAGUUGCGGAAAAUAGGGGACUCCCUUUCCGCAACUGCCUUAUUCCCACGGGAGGACGGGACACUGCCGACCCCGAGACCAAGUCGGCUUUGGAGGGAUAGGGAUAUUCAAUGUAGUAUUCAGCAUAACGAUGACAUUAGCCAAUGCGACUUAACUCGGUCGAGAGUGUGUAAGUGGUGGCAUUGAAUUCAAAAUACGCGUAUAUAUAAUAAGGUCACGUCCAUCACAUAUAUCCCUUACUUACAUUUCAGCAUUCAAGCCUUUGUCCAAACAAGUCGAAAUAAAACAAAGCUUUGUAUAAUUCCAUCGCUACCUAAAGCUAAACAUACUUGUGCACUAAAUUCAAUUUUUGCAAUCAUCGACAUGGAUUCAUUCAUCAAGAAACUGACCAAGACUUACCACAGGAGUGUUUAUCCAGUUAUAACUCCCACCCGCCCCGAGCUGUCUCAGGCAGGAAAAACAGUUUUGAUCACGGGCGGUUCGACGGGUAUCGGGUACCAUGUUGCCAAGUCCUUUGUGCAAGCCAAGGCAGAUAAAGUCAUCAUCCUCGGCCGACGGGUAGACAAAGUCAAGGCCGCCGGCGAAGCUCUAUCUGCAGAGAGUCAGGGCACUAAGGUGGCCGCUAUCCCGUGCGAUGUUGGUAGUGCUACAGCCGUCGCCGAGCUCUGGGGUCGCUUUGCUGGUGAGGGCACGCGCAUCGAUGUCCUAGUGCUCAAUGCGGCGAACACGGGUAUCGUAAAGCCUCUGAUGGAACAAGGCUUGGCAGGCGUCUGGGAAUCAUAUGACUUCAAUGUGCGCACGCAGUUCGACAUGACGGAGCGGUUUUAUAAGCAGGAUUUGGGCGCAGGUAUUAAAAAGUAUCUCAUACACGUGUCGACUGGCGCGGUCCAUAACUUCGACGUCACGGCGGCAAUGCCGACUUACUCCAUGACCAAGCAUGCAGGCGCGCUUACAUUCCAACUCGUAGCACAGGAGAUCCCUCCGGAGGAUAUGCAGGUCGUCGUUUUCCACCCUGGCGCCAUCCUCACCGAGGCCGGGGAGAGGCUGGGCAUGACUAAGGAUUCACUGCCUUGGGAAGACCCCUCGCUCCCAGGUGGCUUCGCCGUCUGGGCGGCCACUCCCGAAGCCGAGUUCAUCCACGGCCGGUUCGUAUGGGCUCCAUGGGACGUCGACGAGCUUAAGGCUGGAGAGCUAGGGAAACGUCUCAAGGAGGACCAAAACUUUUUGAAGUUUAACGUAAACGGUAUCUAAGGGAGGCGGGAAUGAACGAAAGGAGAAUCAACCUUGUACUUUUAUGACAAAAUCUCAAUUAAAUCUCAAUUAACUAUUUUUUUUCGAGGCGAUAAAACGAUGAUACG